AUGACGAGCAACAAGCUACGGGUUAUAGUCAUAGGCGGCGGCAUAGCAGGCCUCUCCGCCGCCGCCGUCCUUCGCCAAAAACACGACGUGAUAGUCUACGACCGCGAUGAUCCGACCUCAUCCUCCUCCUCCUCCGCCUCCGCCUCCGCCCGGGAACGCGGCGCCGGCAUCGGCCUCGGUCCGAACGGCACGAAGAUGCUCAAAAAGGCCUUUCAAUUCAGCCCCGAAAACGUGAAGGCUACAAUCUGCGCCGGCUCGAGGACGUACGACAAGCAAGGGAACCUACUACGGGAGAUGACCGGCGUAUCGGAGCCGUUUGGGAGCGAGUGGCUGCUGAUGCACCGCGGCGACUUGCGGGACGAGUUGUUGCGGCUUGCGACGGGGGACGCGGCCAAGUUGGGGAUUUCUGGACCGCCGGCUAGGGUUUUGGAGGGGGUUCAGGUUAUUGGUGUUGAUGUUGAGGAGGGGAAGGUGAAGUUGAAGGAUGGGGAGGAGGUUACGGCGGAUGUGAUUGUUGGCGCAGAUGGCAUCCACUCCCUCGUCCGACAACCUGUCAUCGGCGGGCCAUCUCACAUGGUAUCACCGGGUGCCUCACUCUACCGCUUCACGUUCCCGCUUGAGAAGGCGAGGGAUAUCCUGGAAGGGUACCCGGCGGCGAUGGACCCGUCCAACAGCAACUUCCUCAACAUGAUGACGGCCGACGACGAGACGCACCGCAACAUCAUCUUUUAUCCCUGCCGAGAUAGGACGCUGCUCAACGUCGUGGCGAGGAUCCCCGACGCCAUGCUCUCGGUGGAGAGCAUCGCGUCCUGGAACGCCGAGGGGAGUGCGGAGGAGAUGUUGGAUCACUUUUUCGACUUUGCGCCGUGGAUGCUGGAGAUUAUGAAAAACGCCCAGAAUAUCCACCUCUACAAAGUCAAAGACGCAGACCCGCUCCCAACCUACACCCGCGGCCGCGCCGUCCUCGUCGGCGACGCGGCACACCCGAUGACGCCGUUCCAAGGCCAGGGCGCGACGCAGGCCAUCGAGGACGCGGAGGGUCUGCGGCUGCUCCUCCACGAGGGUGUCAGCGCCGACAAUCCGGAGAACAUCACGUCGGCGCUGCGGACGUGGGACUCGGUGCGCAGGCCGCGGGCGUCUCAGGUGCAGCAGAACUCGAGGUAUGUGACGGAUAUGUCGGCGCAGGCGCAGCUGGAUCGGAUGAGGUUGAAUUGGACGUAUAACGGGAUCCACGCUGCGUUGAGAAAUCGGUAG